AGAAAGCUUCAAUGUUAUCCAUAUCCAGCGAACAGAAUUUCCCUCCAAAGUUGGCUCCUUCCGUUUUCCUAUCCAAACUCUCCAAUAUAAAGAAACUGGUUUCCAAUCUAAAGAACCAUAAAAAGGAAAAAUGGACAACCUCUGCUUUAGCCAUUGCAACUGCAAAUCCCCUAAUCUCCAACUCAAAAUACACUUCAGCGCCAUUCUUUUACUGUUCUUGUUCAUCUUCGUUGCCAGUGCCACCUCCGAAUGAAGCCAAACUAUCUUUGCACUCAAAACCUACCGCCAAGCAAUGUGUUUUCAACGUGGGUGCUGGGCUAUUAGCAGCUUCAGUUCUUGCUUUCUCGCCAUUGAAUGCUGACGCCACCAGAGUCGAGUAUUACGCAACUGUAGGGGAACCUCAAUGCGAGCUCAACUAUGCCAGAUCUGGUCUUGGUUACUGUGAUGUUAUUGUGGGUUCCGGCGUGGAAGCUCCGCGUGGAGAGCUUGUCAAUAUUCACUACACUGCAAGAUUUGCUGAUGGAACGGUCUUUGACAGUAGCUAUAAACGAGCUAGACCUCUUACCAUGCGAAUCGGUCUUCGCAAGGUCAUUAAAGGAUUGGACCAGGGAAUUUUAGGGGGUGAAGGAGUCCCUCCUAUGCUAGUUGGUGGAAAACGCAAGCUUCAGAUUCCACCCAACUUGGCAUACGGACCGGAACCGGCCGGAUGCUUUUCCGGUGACUGCAACAUACCUGCCAAUGCAACUUUGCUAUAUGAUAUUAACUUCGUUGGAAUCUACUCUGGAAAUGCAAAAUGAUGAUUCGAAGAAACAGAAGAAAAAAAAAAACAAACAAAGAAAUCCAAAGAGAUCCAAGUGAUGGAUUGAACCAGCAAGCUCCCUCCAAUCUGAAUGAUCAUCCAAGUAGUUUGGUGUGCAAGCAAGCACCUAAAAGUCUUGAGCUCCAUGCUACCUUG